AAACGCGCCCGCCGCGCAGACCACGCGGUUUUGGGUGACGAUGGUGACGCGGAGCUCAAGCAGCUCGCAUACGCUGCGCUCGAGGUCCCGUUCCCGGACUUUGCCGCGCAGGUGCGUGCAGCGGAAAGCGACAUGGCGGGGACCAUGCCUGGAAAGAAGUCAGAAGUCUCUGAAGCCUCCAGCGAGCGCCUGCGCCAGGUGUUCGGUAUGGUGUGGUUGCUCAAGGCAUGCGAGGCGGCGCCACCUGCGGUCGUGCCACGCUCGCGCAUCUACGCGCGCUAUGCGAAUAUCUGCGCGGAGCACGUGGUCAAGCCGCUCAGCCCUGCGAGCUUCGGAAAACUCGUGCGUAUUCUCUUUCCAAACCUCACCACUAGACGGUUGGGCAUGCGCGGCCAGAGCAAGUACCACUACUGUGGGAUCAAGCUUAUCGGCGAGGAAACAACCCCCAACUCCCCUGCAGGCUUCUCUGAAUCACCGUUUGCACCAAACACCCCUUCCAACCACGGUUCCCCCGGCUCCUUCACCUCAGCCGUGUCUACCCCCCUUCCAAGUCUGUCGCGGUUCAAGCUCAGCCUUCCAGCUGAAAACGACGCCUGCUACGCGUUGCAACACGUGCCAGACUUGCAUGUGCGGAUUGAUCGUGCCAACAACGCCAGCGACCUCGACAUGCCCUUGGUCUUGCCGCCCCUCCAUCCGUAUCUCCCCCCGGGCACCGACUACGAUGCGGCUGACACCCUCGCCUCGCUUUACAAGUCGCAUUGCACGGCCUUAUUCGAGGCUCUCCGCUACAUGCAGGUGAAGAAGUUGUUCUAUUACCUCAGCUCCUUCAACAGCACUUUGACGGCGCCGGUGCAAAAGCUCUACACGUGCGACGCGCUUCUCGCAUGGGUGGAGCGCGCGGACCUCGUGACGUACCGCGCGAUUGUCAAGAUGUUGACCAAGUUGUCGCUCCAGAACGUGCCUACGGCCGUUCUUCAGCAGUUGAAGAGCGUGGGCGACACGUUUCCACGGCGGUUGGAAGAAUCGUUGGCGCACAUGCCAAAGACCGUGGUCGCCGCGAAGGGCCGCGCCGCACGCGCGUUCGCGAACUUGCUUGCGCGUCUCGUCAAGGUCAUCGAGACGGGGCAAGCCUGUCUCCGGGUGUUGGCCAGUUCCUCCGACCGCCAGGCGAUGCUUGCUGAUUGGAACGGCCUUAACUUCAACGAGCUCAUUCUCCGUGAAUUGCCGUGUUCGAUUGAGAACGGCUCCAAGGUGUUGAACGUGUUGACGCGCGACGUGCCGCACCUCUUGGAAGAUGCAUCCGCGCUCGCGCCGUACUCGGGGUAUCUUCUGGAUUUGGCUGCGAAAUUCGCAGACACCAAUCCGCGCUUGUACCUUCUCAUUUCGUCCAACCUCUUGACCGUCUGUCUCCGCGAGAUCAGCAUGGCGGGCGGUCCCAGCUUUGGCUCCUGGUGGCUUGUGCGCUGCUGGGUCGAUGAGUACAUGAACUGGGAAUUAGAGCUCGGUGGGUUUCUCGCCCCGGAAUUU